ACCAUGUUAGAUACUAAAACUCAGGAUUCCUCAGCCUCUUCUACAUCCGUUUCGACCGUUUGAUUUUUAUAGUCUGUUCUAUCUGUGAGCUUUACUUGGUAUGGUUAGGUUUAUAGAUUCUGUUUCGAAAGGCAUUCAUCAAACUGUUAAAUUCCAGUUCCCGUUUUCUCAGCUGGGCUUUCCUAACAUUUACACAGCGUGCUAGUAAACGCUCUCUCAUCCAUUUCAAAGUCGCAUAACACCUUGUGACCCUACAGAGACUUCGUGCACAGACAUGACACAACUGAAGAUACUUUAUAUCAUCGGGAUGCUGCUGAUAACACAAAGCAUCGCCGUUAUCAGAGUCCCCCUUCACAAGACCAGAAGCCUGCGCCGCCUGAUGAGCAACAGCGGCAUGUCUCUUGUGAAGCUUCGGGAUUUGGCGAAGAGCACUGGCGCACCCGACAGCUCCCCCUCCCCGAAAUUUCCUGUGGAGAGGCUGACCAACUUCAUGGAUGCUCAGUACUAUGGGAUGAUCAGCAUUGGCACCCCUCCACAGAACUUCACUGUGCUGUUUGACACCGGCUCCUCCAACCUGUGGAUCCCCUCCAUUCACUGCUCCUUCUACGACCUGGCCUGCUGGCUUCAUCAUCGUUACAACUCAAAGAAGUCGAGCACAUAUGUUCAGAAUGGCACAGAGUUCUCCAUCCAGUACGGCAGAGGCAGCUUGUUUGGCUUCAUCAGCGAGGACACUGUCACUAUUGCAGGUCUGUCUGUUCCUGGUCAACAGUUUGGUGAAGCGGUGAAGCAGCCCGGCAUCACAUUUGCUGUUGCACGGUUCGAUGGGGUCUUGGGCAUGGCCUACCCCUCUAUAUCAGUAGCUAAUGUCAUCCCGGUGUUUGACAAAGCCAUGGCUGCCAAGCUCCUGCCCCAGAACAUCUUCUCUUUCUACAUAAGCAGAGACCAGACAGCAGCAGUAGGAGGAGAGCUGAUUCUGGGUGGGACAGAUCCACAGUACUACACCGGAGACCUGCACUAUGUUAAUGUCACACGCAAGGCCUACUGGCAGAUUGAGAUGAACGGAGUUGAAGUUGGCAGCCAGCUGACUCUUUGCAAAGCCAGUUGCCAGGCUAUUGUUGACACAGGAACGUCCCUAAUUGUCGGUCCUCGAGAGGAAAUCAGAGUGCUGCAGAGAGCCAUUGGAGCUCUGCCCCUGCUGAUGGGAGAGUACUUUAUUGACUGUAAGAUGAUUCCAUCUCUCCCCGUCAUCUCCUUGAAUAUUGGAGGGAAGAUGCUCAAUUUGACUGGGGAGGAUUAUGUCAUUAAGGAAUCUCAGAUGGGUAUAUCAAUCUGUCUGUCAGGCUUCAUGGGCAUGGACUUCCCACCUCCUGUGGGGCCCCUAUGGAUCCUGGGAGAUAUGUUCAUUGGGAAGUACUACACUGUGUUCGACAGGAUCGCUGAUCGUGUGGGCUUUGCCCUCGCCAAGUAGUUACAGAACACUGUUUGUAUGAAAUAGGUUCCACUGCUCAUUUCUAGUGGCAAUUUGACUUUGAAGAAGAUGCUGUUUAAAGUACGUAAAGUUUGUUGGAUAUCACUGAAAGGCCUGGCUGGCCACAUAUGUAAAUAUCUCACAUCUGCUUCGACCAAUUAGGUUUACAUGAGAAACUGGUUUCCAGUGAGCACGUAUGAAUCUUAAAUUAAUAACCAUUUCCACAUAUUUAGCCUGGAGUGCAGAUGUUUUCUGCAACUGAACAAAGGGACUGCUUCAGUUUCUUGCACUUGUCUGCGAAGCUGCUUCUGAUUUUUGAGCUUUAAAGUGGCAGGAUUCAGUCAGAACUAUGCAUUUUGAUGUAUUUGUGCUGUUCAAUUUUCGUAAUUUAGAUGCUUUGGGGGAACAAAUGCACUUCAAAUGUUUCAAUGUAAGUUUGUUUCAUUCCUAGCAACUGAACUGCAUUUCCAGUUUCAAACUAUGAUGCUAGAUUUCAAAAUAUAACUUUAGCGGCUUUGUAGACUGAACAUACCUACCCUUUUUUAAACAUGCCUAUGUGAAAUUUAAACCAAAUCUCCCAAUAAAACUUAACAAUGACUGAAUGUUCAAUCAGAUUUGGGAUGAAUGGGUUUAUUUGAUUCUAACGUGUCCUGUAGCAUGAAAUAAAGUCUCUCAAACUGCAUGCUUCCUUGGGUGGGGGAAAAGAAAAACAAA